CCCGUGCGUGUAGCCACGACGCCCGGGGCGGGCAGGACGCUCUUGGCUUCAGCAUACGGCUCGGCGGCUGCGGGCUGCUCGGCAGCCUUCCUCGCUCUGUGGGUCGGAGCCCCCAGCCCUGCGCCCCUGGUUUAGCGCAAGGUGGCACCGGACCUGGGCUCCAGGGAGCCCGGACGCCCCGCUCCAGGCCUAAGGACGCCUGGACCCGACCUUUCAGCUGCCUCCAACCAAACGCUUCGGACUUGGAGCGCCCGGCAAACCCCGGGCCAUGAGCCCAGCGCCCUAGGAGGGGCCCCCAAGAGCAGCACGGUCGGACUGAACCCCCGUACUGGUGCUGAGAGCCGCCGCCUUCCUCCUGUCCUGGACUCGGGAUUCAGCGCUUGCCUGGAGGAGAACCCCGGCUUCUUGGGUCCCGACGAGAACCUAGGCUGCAGGAAAGGCCACCCAGCGUGGAGGGCAGAGGUGCGCUCAGGAAGGAGAGCAGCUAUCCCUGGGUCCUGGAUGCUGUGCUCCAGCUCUGCCAGUGACAGGACACCCCUGCUGCGUGGACGCUCCCAGGAGCCAGCUUACUGCCACUGCUGCCUUCUUCCAGGACCAGCUGGAGGGCUUUGGCCUCGAUGGGCGCCUGAGGGCCAGGCACCAGGGCCACGGGCGCGAGCAUGGUCAGACACCAGCCUCUACAGUACUACGAGCCCCAACUGUGCCUCUCCUGCCUCACGGGCAUCUACGGCUGCCGCUGGAAGCGCUAUCAGCGCUCCCAUGAUGACACCACUCCGUGGGAGCGCCUGUGGUUCCUGCUGCUCACCUUCACCUUUGGCCUCACGCUCACUUGGCUCUACUUUUGGUGGGAGGUCCACAACGACUAUGACGAGUUCAACUGGUACCUCUACAAUCGCAUGGGCUACUGGAGCGAUUGGUCUGUGCCCAUCCUUGUGACCACAGCCACCGCCUUCACGUACAUCGCAGGUCUCCUGGUCCUGGCACUAUGUCACAUCGCCGUGGGGCAGCAGAUGAACCUACACUGGUUGCACAAGAUAGGGCUGGUGGUCAUCCUGACCUGCACAGUGGUGGCCGUGGCCACUGUGGCGCAGCUGUGGGAGGACGAGUGGGAAGUGCUGCUCAUCUCCCUACAAGGCACCGCACCCUUCCUGCACGUGGGGGCCCUGGCCGCCACCACUGCCAUCUCCUGGAUUGUGGCAGGACUGUUUGCCAGGGCAGAACGUGCCUCCUCGCAGGUGACCAUUCUCUGCACUUUCUUCACCGUGGUCUUCCUGCUCUACCUGGCCCCUCUCGCCAUCUCCUCUCCUUGCAUCAUGGAAAAAAAGGACCUGGGUCCCAAGCCCGCCCUCAUCGGCCACCGCGGGGCCCCCAUGCUGGCUCCAGAACACACGCUGAUGUCCUUCCGGAAGGCCCUGGAGCAGAAGCUGCAUGGGCUGCAGGCUGAUGUCACCAUCAGCCUGGACGGCGUGCCCUUCCUCAUGCAUGACACCUCGCUGCGGCGCACGACGAAUGUGGAGCAGGAGUUCCCGGAACUGGCCCGCCGGCCAGCCGCCAUGCUCAACUGGACCAUCCUGCAGAGGCUCAACGCUGGCCAGUGGUUCCUGAAGACUGACCCCUUCUGGACGGCCAGCUCCCUGUCACCCGCUGAUCAAAGGGAGGCCCAGAACCAGUCCAUCUGCAGCCUGGCAGAGCUCCUGGAGCUGGUCAAGGGCAACGCCACAUUGCUGCUGAGCCUGCGGGAGCCACCUCGGGAGCACCCAUUCCGCAGCAGCUUUCUCAACAUCACACUGGAGGCCCUGCUGCGCUCUGGCAUCCCCCAGCACCAGGUCAUGUGGCUACCCAACAGGCAACGGCCCCUGGUGCGCAAGGUGGCACCUGGCUUCCAGCAGACAUCGGGCUCCAAGGAGGCCAUUGCCAGCCUGCGCAAGGGUCACAUCCAGUGGCUGAACCUGCGCUACACUCAGGUGUCCGGCCAGGAGCUCAGGGAUUAUGCAGCCUGGAACCUCAGUGUGAACCUCUACACUGUCAACGCGCCCUGGCUCUUCUCUCUGCUGUGGUGUGCAGGAGUCCCCUCAGUCACCUCCGACAACUCCCACGCCCUGUCCCAAGUCCCUUCCCCACUCUGGAUCAUGCCUCCAGAAGAGUACUGUCUCCUGUGGGUGGCCGCUGACCUGAUCUCCUUCACUCUCAUCGUGGGCAUCUUUGUGCUUCAGAAGUGGCGCCUGGGUGGCAUCCGGAGCUACAACCCUGAACAGAUCAUGCUGAGUGCUGCGGUACACAGGAGCAGCCGGGACGUCAGCAUCAUGAAGGAGAAGCUCAUCUUCUCAGAGAUCAGUGAUGGCGUGGAAGUCUCCGAUGAGCUCUCUGUGUGUUCGGACAACAGUUACGACACCUAUGCCAACAGCUCCACUACCCCUCUGGGCCCCCGAGGGGGUGGCGGCCGCACCAGGACCCUCACAGACUCGAGUGGGCGUUAACUGAAGACCUGUGUGUCCCAGCCUGGCAACACACUGGGGGGACCUGGGAGAGCGGACAGGAGCGGAUCUGGAAUCCCGGUGCUUUGGCAGCUAGCUCCAUGGCCUCUAAUGGCAUGGGAUCCUCCCUGGGUCAGGUCCCCUGCCUCUUGGCUGCCCCGGCGGGCCUGGGGCUCUUUCUGAGAAGUGCAGGGCCUGGGGCCCAGGAUCCCUCCCUGCAUCUAUGCCUGGAAACAAGGCCAGGUUCUCUGGGCUACGGAAGAAAGGAUGCUCACUCCGCUGUCCCUCCCCACUUCCGUUCAUCUGUCCUGUCCAUGCCCACAAGGUGACUGACUUCUCCCAUGUGUCCUGCCUCACGGGCCUGGGCUGGGCCUCUGCCCUCGGAGGCUCUCCCCUCUGGUCAGUCUCAAAGCACAACGAGGUUUCACCCAGAAGGAAGGCCAACUGCAGUGGUGUGGCCUCCUCCCAGACUGGCCUUCCACCCGCAUCACGGCCCUGCCAAGGAGAGGGCCCGAGCCGUGUGCCCCAGGAGCAGCUGAUGUGGAGAGACACUGAGAUCCACAUACUGGGAGACUGCAGCUCCCUGCUGCAGUCUACCUGGGACGAGUGUCCCUGGGGCUCGGUCAAGAGUGGGCCUGCAGCACAGAGAGCCUGUGGGCCUUGGCCAGGACAAUUAAAGCUGCCAUCUGGA